AAAAUUGAAAAUAAGUUAUGCUUAUUUUAACAGUGUGCAAGAGGACUUUUGCUAAUCGCUGUAAAAAUAUCUUAAGAAUUACUAUUUUCGUUACUAUUACUAGAACAUCUGUGUAGCUUUGCACUGAAUUCUAGAGGGAAGUUGAAAGGGGUGUGCGUGUGUGUGUGUGUGUGUGUGUGUGUGAAGUUAAUGUUAUCCUGUUAUAUCUUGCUUUAAAAAUAUAAAUAUUUUUAGAGCAACACUUCCAGCAUGGUUCAAGGGACAGGAAACAGUCAACCAAAGCCCUCAAAUAUGUUAACAAAUGCUAUUAAAUGAAUCAACCAACAAGUUGUUUUAAACAAAUGCAGUCCAGAAAAAUUGAAUGGACUAAUCUCUGAUUUAUCAGUACACUUCUUGUAUCUAAAACAAGAGCUGCAAAGUGUAGAGCUCUCUGAACAAUUUUUUUGGAGGGGAGGAGGUAAGGAUGGCAACAUUUGCACCAUGCUGCGUUCAUUUAGAUGUGUUGUUAUGCAGUAGAUCCAAAUAGAACUUGUGAAACUCAGUCUCUCAGAAUUCCACACGCCAAGGUCAUGUGCAUUUCAAAGUUGAGGGCUAUUUGUUCUGCUGCUGACUAGUGAAUGUCAUCGCCUUCCAGCCCCCUCAGGUUAGAGGUGAAAAGUGAUAAAGAUGUUGAAGUGCUGGUCAGCUGUUCUGGUUCUUGGACUCGUUUUGCUGAAGUCAGAAGGAAGGCCAACCAAGGAAGCAGUAUACGGCCUUAAGUCCUAUCAGCCUCUCAUAAGAUUGCGACAUAAGCAGGAGAAAAGUCAAGAAAGUUCAAGAAUCAAAGGGUUUCUAAUUCAGGAUGUCCCUUUUGGAUCUUGUGAAAAUAAGUACUGUGGCUUGGGAAGACACUGUCUGAUGAGCAGAGAGACAGGCCAAGCUGAGUGCACCUGCAUGGACGUUUGCAAACGACACUAUAAACCUGUGUGUGGGUCUGAUGGAGAAUUCUAUGAAAACCACUGUGAAGUUCACAGAGCCGCUUGUCUGAAACAACAAAAGAUUACCAUUGUUCACAACGAAGACUGUUUCUUUAAAGGUGAUAACUGCAAGACCACUGAAUACAGCAAGAUGAAAAGCAUGCUUUUAGACUUACAAAAUCAAAAAUAUAUUACACAAGAAAAUGAAAAUCCUAAUGGUGAUGACAUAUUUCGGAAGAAGCUAUUGGUGGAUCAAAUGUUUAAAUAUUUUGAUACAGACAAUAAUGGACUUGUAGAUAUUAAUGAACUAACUCAGGUGAUAAAGCGAGAUGAACUUGGGAAGGACCCUUCUGAUUGUACUUUGUAUGAUCUACUGAAAUUUGAUGAUUUUAAUGCUGACAAGCACAUGGCUCUUGAAGAAUUUUAUAGAGCAUUCCAGGUGAUCCAGUUGAGUCUUCCUGAGGACCAGAAGCUAAGCAUUACUGCAGCGACUGUGGGACAGAGUGCUGUCCUGAGCUGUGCCAUCCAGGGAGCCUUGAGACCACCGAUUGUCUGGAAAAGGAACAAUAUCGUGCUAAAUAAUUUAGACUUGGAAGACAUCAAUGACUUUGGAGAUGAUGGGUCCUUGUAUAUCACGAAGGUGACUACAACUCACAUGGGCAAUUACACUUGCUACGCACAAGGCUAUGAAGAAAUCUAUCAGAUUCACAUCUUCCAGGUGAAUGUUCCUCCUGUCAUCCGGGUGUAUCCAGAGAGCCAGGCCAGAGAGCCCGGGGUAACCGCCAGUCUCAGGUGUCAUGCAGAAGGCAUCCCCAACCCUCAGCUUGGCUGGCUGAAGAACGGAAUUGAUAUUACACCAAAGCUUUCCAAGCAGCUCACGCUUCAAGCAAAUGGAAGUGAGGUCCACAUAAGCAAUGUUCGCUAUGAAGAUACGGGAGCAUACACUUGCAUUGCGAAGAACGAAGCCGGAGUGGAUGAAGACAUCUCCUCUCUUUUUGUAGAAGAUUCCGCCAGAAAAACCCUAGCUAACAUAUUAUGGAGAGAAGAAGGUCUGGGAAUUGGGAACAUGUUCUAUGUUUUUUAUGAAGAUGGAAUCAAAGUGAUACAACCCAUAGAAUGUGAAUUUCAGAGGCAUAUUAAGCCUAGUGAAAAGCUCCUUGGAUUUCAGGAUGAAGUGUGUCCCAAAGCAGAGGGGGAUGAAGUCCAAAAGUGUGUGUGGGCCUCAGCUGUGAACGUCAAAGACAAGUUCAUUUAUGUUGCACAGCCCACUUUGGACAGAGUUCUUAUUGUUGAUGUGCAGUCCCAAAAAGUUGUGCAGGCAGUGAGCACAGACCCUGUCCCAGUUAAACUGCACUACGACAAAUCACACGACCAGGUCUGGGUGCACAGCUGGGGCUCCAUGGAUAAGGCAUCACCCACACUGCAGGUAAUAACCCAGGCCAGUGGGAAUAUUCCUCACCACACCAUCCACACCCAGCCAGUGGGAAAGCAGUUCGACAGAGUUGAUGAUUUUUUCAUUCCCACCACAACACUCAUUAUCACACAUAUGAGGUUUGGAUUUAUUCUUCAUAAAGAUGAAGCUGCAUUACAAAAAAUUGACCUUGAAACCAUGUCCUACAUCAAGACAAUUAACUUGAAGGACUAUAAGUGCGUCCCUCAAUCGUUGGCUUACACACACUUGGGAGGGUACUACUUUGUUGGUUGCACACCUGACAGCACUGGAGCAGUGCCACCGCAGCUCAUGGUGGACGGUGUAACCGACUCAGUCAUUGGGUUCAAUAGUGAUGUGACGGGCACUCCGUAUGUCUCUCCAGACGGCCACUACCUUGUCAGCAUUAAUGAUGUCAAAGGUCUUGUGAGAGUCCAGUACAUUACCAUCAGAGGAGAAAUACAGGAGGCCUUUGAUAUCCACACCAACCUGCACAUAUCUGAUCUGGCCUUCCAGCCGUCCUUCACAGAAGCCCACCAGUACAACAUCUACGGUAGUUCCAGCACGCAAACGGAUGUACUGUUUGUGGAGCUCUCCUCUGGGAAAGUCAAGAUGAUAAAGAGCCUGAAGGAACCGCUCAGAGCAGAAGAGUGGCCCUGGAGCCGGAAGAACAGGCGGAUCCAGGACAGUGGCUUGUUUGGUCAGUACCUGAUGACUCCUUCCAAGGACUCUCUCUUCAUCCUAGAUGGACGACUCAAUAAGUUAAACUGUGAGAUCACUGAGGUUGAGAAAGGAAAUACGGUCGUUUGGGUUGGAGAUGCCUAAGAGCCCGAUAGGAUUGCUGAGUGAAGAGUUUUACAGUACAUUGCACUUAACCCAUUGUUUAAAUUUACAGCUUAACUUUCAAAGGUCCUAUACUAGUCAAGCAUAAUUUACUUGAUUGGCCUGAAUUGAAAAAAAAUAUUUUUAAGAAAGACAUGUAUGCUUCAUAAUAUUGGUUGACUAGAAAUGCAUAACACAAUAAUGAAUGAGAAUCACAAGAUUCAACUAUACAAUUAUGUUUAGAACCAGUAAAAUAGCAUUUUAAAUUCUUUAAAAAAUAACCAAACUGCAGGGAAUUUCAGAUGACUAAACAUGAUUUCAUUUUGAGGGCAAUUUAUCUUUUUUUUCCCUCUGUCCUUUUGGUAUGCUUAACUUAGGAACAAAAGGCGUUGUGAAACCUUAAAAUUCUUAAUUCAAAAUGUUUGUCCCGUCCACUGUUUAUAAUCUUUUGUGCCUUGAAGGGAAUGUCACAGGAGGAAAAGGAAGGCUAAAAGCUGUACAUUGAACACUCUCAUACGUAUAUAACUCUUGUCAUUAAAAAAUAUUUAAUAUCUCUUGCACCAAAACAUGCUUUCAGUCAUUGAUUUAAUCCUCAAUGAAAUAUCGUUUGAAGGCAUGAGUUGACUUUAGGUGGCAAACUAGUUGAGGUUUACCGUAUGAUCUGCAGCAUGCUAUAGCAAAUGUGAAGGAAGAAAGGGAAAAUAAUUAUGGUGAAAAUGUUCGCAAUGCGUUAUCUACUCAUUUUAUUUCAAUCACUGGAGUGCAUUAUAUUUGUAACGCAAAUUUACCUGGGAUGUCAACUGCUUACUAAUGUUUCCUUUGUUAUUAAAAUAGAUUCCUUUCAUGCAGCCCUGUGUUGUAGCACUAGGAUUGCAUCAUCCAGAAUUUUCAGUUCAAAAAAAGAAAAAGAAUUUACCUGUGUCUGCUUAGAAUGAACCACCUAGAGGGAAAAUAACAUGGGGGAGAAAAAACCAGCUAGAGAACUGGUAAGGCAUAGUGGCUUCGGAGAAUUGGGGAUAGAAGCUAGGGCUUAAGUAGUAGCUUUAAACUGGUGAGUUAAGAUGUACUUCUGCAUUGCUUCUGCUACUGAAAUGCAGCCCAUCAAAGCCCAUCCCGGCUAACAGUUUCCCUAAAUGAUUUCUUCUAUUCUACUCCUAUAUAAUCCUUAAAUGAUCUCUCUUUCAUGGUGUAUGUAGUUUGAAACCUAACUAAUCCUCUUAUUUGAGACACUGCAGAGCAGUUAAACUCAAUGCUUCUUUUUUAUUUUAAAUGAGAAAGGGUCAGUUGAAGUAGAUUAAAACUAGGUGAGUUGGUUUGUUGAAAUAAGCAGAUAAUUAUCAAAGUUUAAAAUAAUAGCUGACAUGUUUUGAGAAUCUUUUUACUUAUUUUUGUUUUUAUUGUUGCUAAAAAUGUUAAUGGGCUGUUGAAAUGACCUCCGUUUCUGGAAGGUAAUCCAAUAAGGUCUUUUUUAAAUAAAAAUUUUACUCAAGUUUAAAUUGUGUAAAACUGCUUAGAAACCUGGAAUUUUAUAGUGUGUAAUAUCUUAUGUGUAUAUAGCAUCCUGAGUUGUGUUGUACAGUAGAUUUGUUCUUAGCUUAAGGAAACAUUAUGGGAGGUAGAUUUAAUAAACCACAAAAAUCAGAUCAUGUUUCUACUUAAUAAUCUGCUUACUUUUAGUAAUUCUGUCCCUUGUGAACAUGAACCAUAUAAUGUGUCUUUGACUUAAUGAUUUAGUAUAAGUCUGUCACACACAUUUUCUUUGGUAGCUUACACCAUGUGGAUGCUCUGUCUGUAGACAUUGCUUGUUAAAAAUAUAAUAAAUCUCUUAAAUUUUAA